UCUUCACUGCUUCCGUCUUCCCUUUCCCCCAACGGCAGGUGUUACGUCGCCUCGCACCUCAGCUUCGGGACCCUGUGCACGGGGAAACGAACGCGAAGCGAUUCGCGAAAGGCUUGCCCCCUUUGCCACCAGCUCGGAGGUGGAAUAUUGAAGCUUCAGGAACUGAGAGUAAGUCUGCAGCCACCUUCACUCACGCACGUAGCACGAAGAUGGCAGCGACACAAGCCUCUGGAACGAUGUUAAAAUUCAAGUAAGACGCGUGGAUGGCGGAAAAGCCAUGAAAUACCUCGAGCUGAAUGGCGCUAAGUACGGACAAGGCAGCGGCGAUGGUUUCUCAGCCACAGUCCAGAACAAUGGUAUCACUCAUAGCAUGAACAUCAAGGAUAAUAAAGCUCCGACUACCCGUCCCUAUUUGGCACCUCUCCUCGAUUUGAAAUCUAGUACUCUCUAUGCAAAGUGGAGCUAUGCUUAUCUGGGAACUUCAGAGUCAACUCAACUCAAUGCCACCCCUCAAUCUGGUGGCGCAGUUUCCGUUACUGGAACGACAUACGAGUCAGCGGUUUGGGAGUACAAUCCUGACACUUAUACUAUCACACCCACGUGGGUGGAUAGUGAUCACAACAUCCUAACGCUAUCAAUCGUGUGGGGGGAAAAGGAACAGAAAUUUUAUCUCACGACAGAUCCAUCGGGUGUCACGUCUGCUGAUCAACACUCAGUAAAUGUGACUUUCUUUAGGUCCUCUAUUAUUGCAAAUUCCGGCAUAAACACAGGGUCCAUCUCUUGUCUAAGUUGCACAACCUGAUUGUUCAGAGACCCCCUUCCGAUUCACUCGCCCUUGGUCCAUCACUUCUUCAAUGGCAUCUCCUCCCCUUUACACUGUGGCCUCUGCAUUGCCUAUUUGAUGUUUGUCCGCUUUAAUUAACAUGUCUCUAAUUUCCAUUGCCAAUGAAGCCUUCAUGCAUGGAAUUUUUCUUCCUCUGCUGCCUGCACUGCAACAACCGUGGUGUUCAGUUGUAUUGAAGAUUGCAGUUCAUUUAUAAUUUCC